CCGUCCUCUCGUCGUCCUCGCCCUCGUCCCGGGUGUGAUACACGCAUGAACCAAGCUCGGAAGUGUCAACAGUAAAGCAGUGGAAGCUCUAGCUAGCGCUCUCUUUCUCACACAGGUUGUUGCCCGGAUUCUUUACUUUCUCCCACAAGGAUUUUACGGUCUGCAUCAACUUCUUCAUAUAUUACCGUAACCGUUGCCGUUCCAAUGGCUGAGGCCGGGCGUCCAGAGGACCAGUGUGACGAAGCGGUGGAAGAUGAGUUUGGGGAGAUUAUAAAGUGUCGUUCAGACGAACGAGAGGACGUUCAGAAGAAGACUUUCUCAAAAUGGAUAAACUCACAGUUCUCCAAGACAGGGAAGCCCCCUAUCGAGGACCUGUUCUCUGACCUGUGUGAUGGCCGCCGUCUGCUAGAGCUGCUGGAGGGACUGGCUGGACACCAACUGGUAAAAGAGAGAGGAUUUACACGUGUUCAUUCACUCAAUAAUGUCAACCGCGCCCUGCAGAUCCUUCAGAAGAACAACGUUGACCUGGUAAACAUCGGAGGGGCAGACAUCGUUGAUGGGAAUCACAAAUUGAUUCUUGGCCUGAUCUGGAGCAUCAUUCUCCACUGGCAGGUAAAGGAUGUGAUGAAGGAUGUGAUGGCGGGCCUACAGCAGACCAACAGUGAGAAGAUUCUGCUGGGCUGGGUGCGGCAGUCCACCAAAAAUUACCCACAAGUCAAUGUGGUCAACUUCUCCAGCAGCUGGAACGAUGGCCUGGCUUUCAAUGCCCUACUUCACAGCCACAGGCCCGAGCUGUUUGAUUGGAGCGCUGUGGAGAAGAAGUCGAGCGCCAUCGAGAGGCUUGACCACGCCUUCAGCAGGGCGGAGGAACACCUGGGCAUAGAGCGUCUCCUGGACCCUGAGGACGUGGCCGUCUCCCACCCUGAUAAGAAGUCCGUCAUGAUGUACGUGACGUCGCUGUUUCAAGUCCUUCCACACGGGGUCACUAUGGAGGCGGUGCAGGAGGUGGAGGCGUUGCCCAGCACCCGGGUCACCCAGGAGGAGAGCUACACCAUCCAGACACAGCAGCGCUACUCUCAACAGAUUACAGUGAGUGUGGCUCAGGGUCGUGUGCGUAGCCCCUCUCCGUCUCUGCAGACGCGCUAUAAGAGCUAUGCCUACACCCAGGCUGCCUAUGUCCAGUCCCCCGAGCAAAAGAGGAGGCGCUUUACUGAUCAGUUGCGCGGGGGCAGCCAGGACGACCUCCAACGAGGCCUGAGCCCUCUCCCACCCGGCUCCGCCCACCUGGAGGGCUACCAAUCAGCUCUGGAGGAGGUUCUGACAUGGCUGCUGUCAGCGGAGGACGGCCUCCAGGCCCAGCCCUCCAUCUCCUCCCAGGUGGAGGAAGUGAAGGAGCAGUUUCACACUCACGAGGGUUACAUGGUGGAGCUGACGUCUCACCAAGGUAGCGUGGGGCGUGUCCUGCGUGCUGGCUCCGCCCUCUUGGGGGAGGGGAAUCUGAGUGAGGGGGAGGAGUCUGAGGUGCGAGAGCAGAUGAACCUGCUGAACUCCCGCUGGGAGCACCUGAGAGUGGCCAGCAUGGAGCGACAGAGCAGACUUCACGAGGUGCUCAUGGACCUGCAGCACCAGCAGCUAAAGCAACUCACCGAUUGGCUGGAGAUUACAGAGGAGCGUAUCAAGCGCAUGGGGGCUCAGCCAAUGGGACCAGACCUGGAGCAUGUCAAACGGCAGGUGGAGGAACACAAGCUCCUACAGGAAGACCUGGAGAUGGAGCAGGUGAGGGUGAACUCUCUGACCCACAUGGUGGUGGUGGUGGAUGAGAACAGUGGAGACAGCGCCACUGCUGACCUGGAGCAGAAACUACAGGUGCUAGGGGACCGCUGGGCAGCGAUCUGUAAGUGGACGGAGGAGCGCUGGCUCCUCCUCCAGGACAUCCUGCUGAAGUGGCAGCACUUCACUGAGGAGCAGGUGCUGUUUGACUCCUGGCUGACCACAAAGGAGGAGCUUGUUCGCUCCAUCAAGACCUCAGACUGCAAAGAGCAGGCCGACAUGGUGGCUUGUCUCCGGAGGCUGGCGGCUGUGAAGGGGGACCUGGAUAUGAAGAGGCCGACCAUGGACAAGCUGUGCUCCAUGAGCCAGGAGCUUCUGUCCAGCGUGAAGAACAAGGACAUGUCAAGCAAGCUGCAGGCCAGGCUGGAGAACUUCGCUCAGCGCUGGGACGCUCUGCUGCAGAGCCUGGAGGCUUCAAACUCACAGAUCUCGCUGGCUGUCACCACGGCGCAGUCAGAGAUAACACACUCUGUCAUGGCAACGGUAACCAAGGUGACGACGCGUGAGAAGGUGUCUGUGCGCCAGAGGAAGGAGGAGCUCUCUCCGUCACCACAGAAGAAGAGACAGAUCGUCGUGGACUCGGAGCUCAGGAAGAGGUUUGAUGUGGACUUCACUGAGCUGCACAGCUUCAUGACGCGGUCGGAAGCCAUCCUGCAGAGCCCCGAGUUCUCUGUGUCCCGCAAGGAGGGCAGCGUGCAGGAGCUGCACGAUAAAGUCCUGGCAAUAGACAGGGAGAGGCCGGAGAAGUUCCGGAAGCUUCAAGAAGCGACACGCUCGGCUCAGGCUCUCCUCCAUCAGCUGGCUAGCGAGGGGGGCCGUGCAGACGACAUCCAGCAGGCAGCGGAGCAGCUGAACAGCCGCUGGGAGGAGUUCUGCCUCCUGCUGGCAGAGAGACUGUCCUGGCUCAACUACCAGAGCAAGGUGCUGGCGUUCUACAGCCUGUUCCAGCUGCUGGAGCAGGCGGUGGUGAACUCCGAGAACUGGCUGAAGGUCCAACACCCUCCUGCCUCGGAACCAGAACCUCUCAAGGUUCAGCUGGACAGAUGCAGGGAGGAGGUGUCGCGCCUCUCCUCGCUGCAGCCCCAGGUGGAGCUCCUGCAGGAGCAGCUGAAGGAGCUGAGGGAGAAGGAGAACGCGCCGGUGUUUUUCGACGCCGACAUCAGCGCCUUCACAGAACACUACGAGCAGGUUCUGGAGGACCUGAGGGCCAGGGAGAGACAGCUGCAGCUGGUCCUGGAAAGCCUGCCCCCAGCACUGUACAAGGAGACCGUGUCCACCCUGUUGGCAUGGUUACAGCAGUGUGAAGCCAAGCUUGCCAUCCCAGCCACAGCUGUAACAGAGUACCCUAUCAUGGAGCAGAGACUGUCAGACGUCCAGGCCCUGCAGAUUGCCCUCCAAGCCCACCAGAGUGAGGUGGACUACCUGACCUCCACUGUGGAUCAGGUGUUCCAGAAGACUCCUCCAGAGAUCAGCCAGAAGUACCGUUUGGAGAUGGACGGGAUCCUGCUGCGCUGGCGGCGUCUGGAGAACAUUCUGGAGGAGAGCAGGGCCAAGCUGCAGGAGCUCAUGGCCAAACUGCUGCAGUUUGAGAAUGACGUGAAGACACUGAGGAAGUGGAUGGCAGAUGUUGACGUGUUCUUGAACGAGGAGUGGCCAGCGCUGGGAGACUCCGAGGCCCUGGAGAAACAGCUGGAGCAGUGCACGGCCCUAGUGAACGACAUCCACACCAUCCAACCCAGCCUCAACGGCAUCAAUGAGGUGGGCGUGUCCCUGAAGAAAGAGGCGGAGCCUCCGUUUGCCAUCCACAUCCAGAAGGAGCUGAACGAGCUGAACGCACAGUGGGAGAACAUCUGUAAACAGGCCUAUGCUAAGAAGUCGGCGUUGAAGGGGGGUCUGGACAAGACCAUGAGCUUGAGGAAGGAGAUGCAGGAGAUGCAGGAGUGGAUCAGCCAGGCGGAGGAGGACUACCUGGAGAGAGACUUCACCUACCACACCCCCGAGGAGCUCCGCCGGGCCGUGGAGGAGCUCAAGAGAGCUCAGGAGGAGGUCCACUCUAAAGAGCUGAAGGUCAAGUUGCUCACCGACUCCGUCAACAGCUUCAUCUCCAAGGCCCCGCCCACGGCCCACGAUGCCUUGCGCGCCGAGCUGGACGUGCUGACGGCCAACUACCAGCGCCUCUGCAGCCGCUUGGACGGCAAGUGUAAGACCCUGGAGGAGGUGUGGGCGUGCUGGUGUGAGCUGCUGUCCUACCUGGAGCAGGAGAACACCUGGCUGGAUCAGCUGGAGGCCCGGCUGGACGAGACGGACGCCCUGGAGGGAGGAGCCGAGGAGCUGCAAGAGGCCCUGGACGCCCUGGAGGUGUUGCUACGGCACCCGGAGGACAACAGGAACCAGAUCCGUGAGCUGGCCCAGACCCUGAUGGACGGGGGGGUUCUGGACGAGCUGAUUCAGCACAAACUAGACGCCUUCAACACACGCUGGGAUGAGCUCAUGCAGAGGGCGGUGAGGAGGCAGCAGCAGCUGGAGGAGAGCGUGCGCUGGGCGCAGGAGAACGACAAGGCCCUGCGGCUCAUCCAGGACUCUCUGGACGCCACUGACCGUCACCUGACCUCCUACCUGGCCGACCACAUAGACGCUGCCCAGAUACCCCAGGAGGCGCAGAAAAUCCAGACAGAGCUGAACGGGCAUGAGGGGACCCUGGAGGAGAUGAAGAAGAAGAACCCAGAAAAUGAGAGGUUUCUCAGCCAGAUAGAUAUGACCCAGAAGAAGCUGGCAGAUGUGUGUGUGAAGUUCCGCCUGUUCCAGAAGCCGGCCCACUUCGAGGAGCGUCUGCAGGCGUGCGAGGGCGUGCUGGCAGAGGUCAAGGGUCAACUGGGCGUGCUGGACAUCCGCAGCGUGGAGCAGGACGUGGUGCAGGCUCAGCUGGAGCAGUGCAUGAAGUUUUAUAAGAGUCUGAGUGAGGUGAAGUCAGAGGUGGAGACGGUGAUCAAGACUGGACGUCAGAUUGUUGCCAGGCAACAGACGGAGCAGCCCAAGGAGCUCGAUGAUAGGCUGACCGCUCUGAAGCUGCUCUACAACCAGCUGGGAUCACAGGUAACAGAAGGAAAGCAGGAACUAGAGAAAAGUUUGAAGUUGUCCAGGAAGUUGCGUAAGGAAGUGAACAGCCUGACAGAGUGGCUGGCGGCCACGGAUGCAGAGCUGACCAGACGCUCGUCUGUGGAGGGCAUGCCCAGAGACCUGGAGGCAGAGGUGGCCUGGGCCAAGGGCGUGCGGGCUGAGACGGAGCAGCGUGAGCCCCAGCUGCGGGGCGUGGUGGAGCUGGCGGAGGCGCUGAAGGAGGUGCUGAGGGGCAAAGGGGGCCUGGUGGACGACAAGAUCAGCCUGCUGCACUGCAACUGGAUCGCCGUCACCUCCCGCGCAGAGGAGUGGCUCAACCUGCUGCUGGACUACCAGCGGCAGAUGGAGACCCUGGAUGGAGAUAUAGCCCAGAUCAACGUGUGGAUGGACGGAGCAGAGACACACAUGGACACUCUGGACGCCGAGGGACCCAACGACCAGGUCCUCCAGACGCUGCGUGCAGAGCUGGAGGGCAUGCGGGGGAAGGUGGAGUGUGUGCGGGAGCUGGGUCAGGACCUCAUGUCCACCCGGGGGGAGCACUGCCAGGCCACCGUCCGGCCCAGACUGGAACAGCUCAACCAGCGCUUCGAGAUCGUCACCCAGCGCAUCUCCUCAGGACUGAUGGCUGCCUCCCCCAGAGAGCUGGAGCAGUACCACAGUGAGGCUCAGAUCUGGCUGGAGCUGCUGGAGGAGGAGGUGAAGCAGGGGGACAACCUGAAGGAGGAGGACUUCACCCAGGACGGGGACUGUGAGGAGGGUGCAGUACAGGAGCUGCUCCAGCAGGGGGAGAGCCUCCAGAGGAGAGCUCCAGGCCAGGGGGAGAGAGAGCAGAUCCGCAUCAAACACAACCAGCUCCACUCCAAAUACAACACCGUCAAGGAUCUGCGUGGCGUGCGGAGGACCAAGGCCCUGGCCAUCGCCCCCCAGUGGUACCAGUACCGCAGGAAGUCCGAUGACCUGCUGGCCUGGCUGGAGCACAUCCAGAGGAGCGUGGCUGAGCUGCCAGACCCCCCAGAGGAGCCACGCGUCAAGGAAAUUGACACAGAGCUGGAUGAGAAGAGGGCGGAGCUGGGAGAGGUGCAGGGAUUGGCCAAACAGCUCUCAGAAGCUGGUGCUGCCAAUCUGGUGAAGCCCCGCCUCUCCCAGUUGAUUGGGCGCUGGGAGGAGGUGGAGGGCCAGUUCACACCCUUCAGACGCCAACGUGAGUACCUGUUGGAGCUACAGGGUCUCCUACGCUCCGUGUCAGAGACAGACUUCCUGCUCAACUCCCCAGAGUACUGGCUGGCCUCCUACUAUAACCUACCCCAACAGGAAACAUGCCUGCAGGAGGUGCAGCAGAGCGUGGAGAAGCUCUCCCCUCCAGUAGAGGGCGCUCUGGCCCGGAGGGAGGAGAUGGUGUCCCAGGCCAGGCCGGGGGAGGGACGCAGGGCACAGGAAGCUGCCCUGCUCCUCGGCAUCAACUGGGACAAGCUGAAGCAGCUGCUGAGCGACAGGCGCACGCGCUGGGAGGGGUGCAAUGCAAAGUGGCACCAGUUCACGGUGGACCAGACUACUCUGGGGGCGUGGCUUAGUGAUGCCGAGACGACUCUGAAGCAGGCGAACUCUGACCCUGUCCAGGCCAGACCACGCCUGAAGGAGCUGCAGGAGGGCGCGGCGUCCCAGGGGGCCGUGCUGGAGGGCGUGAACACGGCGGGAGAGGAGAUCGCUCAGCAGAGCACGCCAGACGACUCCGGCCACAUCAGGCUACAGCUCAACACACUAAACACACGCUGGAACUCUGUGUCCCAACAGCUCAGCGACCACAAGAGGAGAUCUGCAGAUGCGCUCACUGCAGCAGAAGAGCUGCAGGAAGAUAUGAGCGGAUUCCUGGUCUGGUUGGACGAGGCGGAGCAAGUUGUGGCCACACCCCUGGAUCCUACUGAUCACGCCCACAUCACUGACACCCUGGAGAAGGUCCAGGUUCGCGUUGAGCAGUUGCCGAAUAAGAAGAAUGCGGUGGACGACCUGAACGGCAGGCUCGGCAGCGCAUCACUUCCUGCUGACAAGAAGAAGGCCCUGGGCCCCACCAUCAAGAUCAUCAACACACGCUGGACACAGGUGUCCAGGGAGCUGCCUGAGAAGCAGCUCCAGCUGGAGGCCAUGCUGAGGGAGCUGACGGGGCUGCAGCAGCAGCUGUCAGACCUCUGCCUCUGGGCCCGAACCACCAGGACCUCCCUGGAGCAGGGCCCGGAGGACCUGGACCCCAAGCUGGUGGAGGCGGUGCAGGCCAGGCAGCCGGAGGUGGAGUCUGUGCUGGCCAGAGCAGAUCAGCUGUACAAGGACUCGCCCCCUGGCCAACCAGAGAAGGAGAAGUACGACAAGCUGUCAGACGAUUGGACGGUUAUCCUGGAACUCCUCCAACGGCACAGAGAAAGGAUGGCUGCCCUCUUCAUCGCCAAGACAACCACUGAGAGCCUAACAGGAAGUACCCAAGGGGAACCUGCAGCUCUGGCCCAGUUCAACAAAACCUGGGCGGAGCUCACUGAUUGGCUGUCGCUGUUGGACAACAUGGUGCAGAACCAGAGGGUGACGGUGGCAGACCUGGAGGACAUCAACGACACCUUGGCCAAGCUGCAGGGCUCUUUACAGGAGCUGGAGCAGAGGCGCCCCCAGCUGGACAGCCAGAUCACUGCAGCACAGAACCUCAAAAACAAGACCUCCAACCAGGAGACCCGCAACGCCAUCACCGAUCGCAUUGAUAGGCUGCAGGCUCACUGGGAGGAGUCCCAGGGAAAACUCACUGAUAGGACGCAUCAGCUCCAGAACAUGUUGAAGGACUCCAGUAAUUGGCUGGAUGCCAGGAAGGAGGUGGAGCCUCUCAUCAAACAAGCCAAUGAGAAGCUGGAGUCCUGGAGAGAGAUCUCCUACACUGUGGAUGCUCUGAAAAAACAGAACUCUGAGCUUAAGCACUUUGUGAAGGAGCUACGUCAGUGGCAGCCCCUUGUGGACUCGACCAAUCAGCUGGCAGAGAAGUUGUUGACCCUGUACGCAGACGACGACACACACAAAGUCACCCACGUGAACACAGCCUGGGAGCACAUCAAUGAGCGGGUGGGGGACAGGGAGGCAGCUCUGGAAGCGGCUCUCCGCCUCCUGCAGCAGUUCUACCUGGACCUAGAGAAGUUCCUCAGCUGGCUGGCCGAGGCCGAGACCACCUGCAGCGUCCUGCUGGACGCCACACACCAGCAGCAGCUGCAGGAAGACCCCGACGCUGCACGCCACCUGCUGGGCCAGUGGAAGGAGCUGCAGGAGGAGAUCGACGGUCACACUGAGCUGUACCACUCCCUGGAUGAGAAGGGCCAGCGUAUCCUGGCGUCGCUGGGCGGCUCCGAUGACGCCUCGCUGCUCCAGCGUCGCCUUGACAACAUGGGGCAGCGGUGGGAGGAGCUACGCAGCAAAGCCCUCAGCAUGAGGGCCCACCUGGACUCAGAGAUGGCGCCAUGGAAACGGGUCCACAUGACCCUGCAGGAACUGCUGAACUGGUUGCAGGUCAAAGGUCAGCAGCUGGAGCAGGAGCCUCCAGUAGGGGGCGACGUCCCGGCGGUACAGCAGCAGCUGGACACACACCGGGGUUUCAGGAGGGAGCUGAGGGCUAAGGAGCCGGUGGUGAGCAGAGCGUUGGAUGACGUCAGAGUCUUCCUGUCUGAGCUGCCUGCUGAGGACACCCCCCCACCAGACAAGAGAGAUAUCAGCCCAGAGGAGCGUGCCCAGAACGUGGGGCGUGUCCUGAGGAAGGAGGCGGAGGACGUGUCAACGGGGUGGGAGGGGCUAAAUGCCGACGCGGUGGAUUGGCAGAGGAGGCUGGAGCUGGCUCUGGAUAGGCUGAUGGAGCUGCAGGAGGCGGAGGAUCAACUGGACGUGCGUCUGGGACAGGCCGAGAUGGUGAAGGAGGCGUGGCAGCCCGUAGGAGACCUGCUCAUCGACUCUCUGCCAGAACACAUAGACAGGGUGAAGGCGUUCCAGGAGGAGAUCGCUCCCAUCAAAGACGACGUCGGCCAUCUUAACCAGCUGGCCUCCACCUUCGGCCCUCCGGACAUCACGCUGUCCGAGAACAACCUAGAGCGCCUGGACGAGCUCAACACACGCUGGAAGCUGCUGCAGAUCUCCAUCAGAGAGCACCUCAAGCAGCUGACGGAUGCUCACAGAGAUUUUGGCCCUCAUCUGCUACUUGGCUCAGUUGAGGAACCGUAUGAACAGGCCAUCUCCUCCAACAACGUGCCCUACUAUGUCAACCACCAGACCCAGACCACUUGCUGGGACCACCCCAAGAUGGCGGAGCUUUACCAGUCUCUGGCGGACCUCAACAACGUGCGUUUCUCCGCCUACCGUACGGCCAUGAAGCUGCGGCGUCUGCAGAAGGCCCUCUGUCUGGACCUGCUGGGCAUGCCGGCGGCAUGCGAGGCGUUCGAGCAGCACGGCCUCCGGCAGAACGAGGCCCUGAUGGACAUGGUGGGCGUGGCCAGCUGCCUGACGUCCAUCUACGAGCGCCUGGAGACGCAGCACACCAGCCUGGUCAACACGCCGCUCUGCGUCGACAUGUGUCUCAACUGGCUGCUCAACGUCUACGACACAGGUCGGAGUGGGAAGAUCAGGACCCUGUCCUUCAAGACUGGGAUCAUCUCUCUGUGUAAGGCUCACCUGGAAGACAAGUACCGCUUCCUGUUCCGCCAGGUGGCCAGCGCCACGGGCUUCUGUGACCAGCGGCGCCUGGGGCUCCUCCUCCACGACUCCAUCCAGAUCCCUCGGCAGCUGGGGGAGGUGGCCUCCUUCGGGGGCAGCAACAUCGAGCCCAGCGUCCGCAGCUGCUUCCAGUUUGCCAAUAACAAGCCGGAGCUGGAGGCGUCCAUGUUCCUGGACUGGAUGCGUCUGGAGCCCCAGUCCAUGGUGUGGCUGCCGGUGCUGCACCGCGUGGCUGCAGCCGAGACGGCCAAGCACCAGGCCAAGUGUAACAUCUGCAAGGAGUGUCCCAUCAUAGGCUUCAGGUAUCGGAGUCUGAAGCACUUCAACUACGAUAUCUGUCAGAGCUGCUUCUUCUCUGGACGCGUUGCCAAAGGACACAAGAUGCAGUACCCCAUGGUGGAGUACUGCACACCGACGACAUCAGGGGAGGAUGUGAGAGACUUUGCCAAGGUUCUGAAGAACAAGUUCAGGACCAAGCGCUACUUUGCCAAACACCCUCGUAUGGGUUACCUUCCUGUCCAGACCAUCCUGGAGGGAGACAACAUGGAGACUCCUGUCACUCUGAUCAACUUCUGGCCUGUAGAACAUGCCCCCGCCUCUUCCCCCCAGCUGUCUCAUGACGACACACACACGCGUAUCGAGCACUACGCCAGCCGGUUAGCAGAGAUGGAGAAUCGUAACGGCUCAUAUCUGAAUGACAGCAUUUCGCCCAAUGAGAGCAUUGAUGAUGAGCACCUGCUGAUCCAGCACUACUGCCAGAGUCUGAACCAGGGCUCUCCUCUCAGCCAGCCCCGCAGCCCCGCCCAGAUCCUCAUCUCCAUGGAGACGGAGGAGAAGGGCGAGUUAGAGAGAGUCCUCAAUGACCUGGAGCAGGAGAACAGGAAGUUGCAGUCGGAGUACGACCGCCUGAAGAAGGCCCACGACCACCAGGGUCUGUCCCCGCUGCCGUCGCCCCCGGAGAUGCUGCCCGUGUCGCCGCAGAGCCCCCGCGACGCCGAGCUCAUCGCGGAGGCCAAGUUGCUACGGCAACACAAGGGCCGCCUGGAAGCCCGCAUGCAGAUCCUGGAGGAUCACAACAAACAGCUGGAGUCUCAGCUCCACAGACUCCGACAGCUGCUGGAGCAGACGGACUCCAAGGUGAACGGUACCGCCCUGUCCUCUCCCUCCACCUCCUCCCAGCGCUCCGACUCCUCCCUGCCCCUCCUCCGCGUGGCGGCCAGUCAGACCACCGAGACCAUGGGUGACGGGGAGUUGUCCAGUCCUUCCCAGGAUGCGUCAGGGCUCCAGGAAGUCAUGGAGCAACUCAACAACUCCUUUCCUCACAGCCAGGGUGUGGGCGUGGGCAGUCUGUUCCACAUGGCCGAUGACCUGGGCCGAGCCAUGGAGUCAUUGGUCAACGUGAUGACAAACGAGCAGGACACCCAAUAGCCCGCCGCCCUUGCCCCCUCCGGCCCCACCCCCACCGCAUGCUUUUCUAGUCAAAACAACUGGAUUGGACAAGUUUACAAAGAGAAUAUUCAUCUAUUUUUGUGAAGGAUCACGAUUAGAGACGUGAAGAUUUCAGUAGUUUCCUAAGUCUUGAAAUUGUUUUAUUAACAGACGCAGGUUUUUAAACUUCUAUGCAAUUGUAUAAAAAAAGAAAAGAAACCAGUAUGUAUGUAUGUAUGUGUGUGUGUGUUUGUCCUGUGGAUGUAUUUGCCAUUUCUUUGUAAUGGACAAGGCAUUUCAGAUCUUCGUAUGGAAAAGAGAGAUUGUAACUAUAAGGGUGCUUUGUAUUACAAAACGUUUAUAACCACAGAAUAUAUACUACUGUAAAGGCCAUGCAGACAUCCUGUACCCUUUUAGCGUUGUGUGCCUGUACGUACGUGUGUGUGUGUGUGUGUGCGUGUGUGUGGGGAGGUAUGUUUUACCCACAUUACAUUAUAGCUUUUACUUUCUGGCUAAUCCACUUCCAUGUUUUUAUCCAUCCAUCAGCCAUCCAUCCAUUUGUUAGUCUAUCACUGCACAUCUGGCAGAACUAGCCUGUCACUCCUGUAUGGGCAGGGGUGGGGCUUAGAGGAGGGGGGCGGGGCAGACUAAGGUCGAACCUUCGAUGAAUGUAAAUCACUUCCAGGACUGGAGUGUUUAAGAUGACACUACUCUCCUAAUCUGACCUGGAUGAACCAUCCAGCACGCUUGGUAACGCCGUCCGGCCACCCCCCCACCCCCCUCCCCGACACUACUGACCAGACAGACUACUGACAGCCCCAAUGCACAUUACUGUUGUCCUGGAAACAGUCCAUCUUCAUUGGUGUACUGCUGAUGAUGAUGAUGACGACGAAGUUUGUUUUAGUUGUGUUGCUGUGGGCGUGUGGAGCCACAAGUGACUGCAUGUGUGCACGCACACCCUUUAUUUAAUGUGUGGAACCCCACCUCGAGGUACACUGCGUGUUGUCAUGACAACAGUCUCGUGUGCUAUGCUGGGAAAGCAUGAUCAAAGAGAUUCUUUUGUAGUUGUAUCUGGUCGUUACCCUAUUAUAAUUAUUCAUUUUCAUUUCUAACGCUUGAGUUACUUUUGUCGUCCAUUGCUUUCCUCAAUAACUAAUUUCUUUUUUGUUUUUCCACAACAUAUCAGACUCCACCAGAUAUAUGCCUUACUAUUGUAUCAUAACAGGCUUUACUGUGUAUAUCAAUAAAGCACGCAGUUGAGUUGACUUGUA